AGAAUACUCAAGCUUAUCGGUUUGUACUAGCCUCAUAUUUAAGUAACGAUCUGUCUCAAGACUCACCAAGAAAGAUGCAUACCUACACUUGUGUCAUUUUGUCGUCAUGGGUAGUGCAAAGGAGGCUGAAGUUACGACCAAGAGUCGACCCGUCCCUCAGACGGUGACUGAGAAAUAUGCGGACGUUACUCUGCGCUUGAUCGAAGAUCACGGGGACGAAUUUGGCCCUCUGACUCCUGAAAAGGAAAAGCUAUUGCGAAGGAAAUUGUACCGUCACAUCAUGCUUCUGAUAUCUGCAAUUAAUAUUAUCUUAUUUAUCGACAAGUCUACUCUGGGAUAUGCUGCUAUUCUGGGACUUUUUGAAGAGACCGGAAUCACAAAAGAUCAAUAUAAUAAUCUGAACACUUUCUUCUACGUCGGGUACCUUGCCGCCCAAUGGCCGGGCCACUAUCUUCUGCAGAAGCUCCCGUUUGGUAAAUCCGUUGCUUCGAUCAUAUUUCUUUGGGCUGUCGUGAUUCUCCUUCACUGCGUGGCUACUAAGUAUGCUGGACUUGUUGUGCUCCGUCUUGCUCUCGGCGCCGUCGAAGCAGUUGUCGUUCCCGCCAUGGAAAUCACUAUCGGCAUGUUCUUUAACCGUGAAGAACAGGCUUUCCUACAGCCGAUUUUUUGGGUCACUUGUCAGGCCGCUCCUGUAGUGGCCGGUUUCAUAUCUUACGGUCUUUUAUGGAGUAACAGCUCUGUGCUCCCUUGGAAACUGUUCAUGAUCACUACUGGAGGCUUGACCCUCCUCCUCUCCGUCUAUGCAUGGUUCUGUUAUCCCAGCAAUCCUGCGGAAGCCCGGUUCCUCACCUUGGAAGAGAAAGUCCAAGCUAUACGACGCGUUCACGGUUCCGGCCAGAGCUCCAUCGAGCAGAAGCAGUUCAAGAAGACCCAAUUCAUAGAAACGUUGAGGGAUCCUGUCUCAUGGCUGUUUGCCCUCCAAGCGUUUACAUUGAUGUACUCGAACAAUCUCACAUACGGCCAACAAAAUCUCUUGACCACCUCUUUGGGCGUUUCUAACCUCGGUUCUACCUUGGUCGCAGUAGCAGGCGGUAGCUUUGGUAUGGUUCUGUGCGUCAUUGCCGCUCUAAUACUCAAAUGGCAUCCACGGAAUUUUGCGGUGCAUAGUUUGGUAUGGUGCAUUCCUGCCGUGGCUGGCGGAAUUGGCAUGGUAACGAUCCCAUGGGAUCGGAAACUGGCGCUGUUGACAUGUUUAUUGCUUGCAGGACAUACGUAUGGCAUAACGUAUAUCAUCGCGUUGGGAUGGACAACCUCGUCAGCGGCGGGUUACACUAAAAAGUUAACACGGAACGUCAUGUUUAUGCUUGGCUAUAGUGUCGGCAACCUCGUGUCGCCGCAAAUAUGGGUGCCCACUGCUGCACCUCGAUAUUACGGUGCCUGGAUCUCCAUGAUAGUGGUUGCCUGGGUCGGCACUCCGGCUAUCCUAUUUGCUAUCCACCUCAUAUUAGCGCGUAGGAAUGCAGAGCGAAAAGCGUGGAUGGCGGAAUUGAGCGAGGAAGAAAGGGAAGCCGGUCGUGUCGAGCAAUAUGAUGACGAUGGGCAGGUAAUCACGAAAAACGUGAAUAUUGCGAUGCUCGAUCUGACCGACAUGGAGAAUAAAUUCUUCAUUUACCCAUUAUAAAAUCUCGUGGCCAACGUAGGCAGUUACCAUUAUCCGAUGUUGAAGGUUUCAUGCUAGAGAAAUGGAUC